UUUGGAGAGAUGCAGCAGUGCUACGGAAAGGACAAGGCGGCUUCGAGCGCGAUGCCGUACGGCAAGGCAGCUGCGAGCGCGCUGCCGUACGACGGAAGCGACAAGGCGGCUACGAUCGCGAUGCGGCGGAAGCAGGUCUUUGCAGAUGAGAACAUCGUGCAGGAGCGCUUACCACAUCCUGAUCGAAUCCGGCAAAGGGGGUUGAACAGAGAUAUGUUUUUGGUGCCGUCGCUUCGUGUAAAGGAGAUGGCGCCAGCCACACGCCCAAGCUGUGUGUUGUCACGGAAGCACCUUGGAAAGGAGAGAUCGCUGACGCUGUCGCAGAAGCUAAAGGAGAAGGUGGAUCAUACAGGCUUGAUUCCACACAAGCAUCAUAAUGCAAAGGUGAAGAUGUGCGCUCCUGAUCAGAUCAGCGGACACACACAGGAUACCAUGUGGCCUGUGAGGAACGAAGCAGGUCUUGUCGGGGAGAUGUCUCAGAAGCCAUGGGAGAAGGUGGAUACAGGCUUGAAUCCACACAAGCAUAAUGCAAAGGAGAAGACGUGCGCUCCUGAUCAGAUCAGCGGACACACACAGGAUACCAUGUGGCCUGUCAGGAUUGAAGCAUGUCUUGCCAGAGAGAUUUCUCAGAACCUAAUGGAGAAGGUGGAUACAGGCUCGAAUCAACAUAAGCAUACUGCAGGGGAGAAGAUGUGCAUGUGCCCCCCUGAUCAGCUCCACCCACAUACACAGGGACAGGGUGACCAGCGGCCUAUCAAGACUGAGGCACGUCCUUGUGGAGAGAAGAAGCACACGAAAAACAAGACAUCUUUUCCAGCGAGAAGAACCUCUCCGCAACUCAGAACUAGAACAAGUUCCCGCUGUUCCAACGCGGGUACAAGUCGUCCCAUCAAUGCUAAUGACAAUGGCAACACUGCUGUUAUCCAGGAACAAAAACAAGAAUAUGCUGCAACACAGGUAGAUGAAGAUGUGGACGACGACAUACUCCAGAAGCUGAACGAACUGGGCUUGGGAGAGGACAUCGACUUUGAGGAAUACUAUGGAUACCUGCAGCAGCUACCUCCCGACUGCCAUGUUGAUACCUCCAUUCACUUGAACCUUGUGGAUCACUCUGACAGGGACCUCCGCCAUGCGCUGUAUCGCUUUAGAUCCUACAAGUUGUUAAAAAAGGAGUCCAAGAACGAGUUGUGCUGUGAUGAACUGAAAGAGUGCCCUAUGGAGCUUCUUGAAAGAGACGAUGAAGGCAUAUUAGACUGGUUCUUUGAUCCUGAUCUCUGCAAGCUUGCUUGCGUGAAUGACUACCAGUGUCUAGUCCCUCGGAAGCAUGGUGCUUAUGAGUAUGCUGGUUGGGCUGUGUACCGUGGUUACCUCCAUAGCUACGAGAUGCAACAUGAAUACAUCGACUACUUCGAAACAUUACGAAGGGAACUUAAGUGGUUGAAGGACUGUUUGCCGAGCAAGUUUUCAUCUCUUACUGUAAGCAAGAUACGCACCAGAGGAAUUUAUCAAGCAACUAAGAUCGCCACUCGCUUUUCCAAGAUCACAACUCAUUUAGCUCGUAUUGGCUUCCGUGAUUGUUCUAACUACAUGGGCAUUGAGGCUACUUGGUGUAACGGGUCCGAUGGUCUCUAUUUCGAGAUUUGGAAGCGGGUCACUCAACAAAAGAAGAGUUUCAGAGAUACGUUAAAGGAAGUCUAUAAGCUGAACAAGUGUCCGUCACUACAAGAUAGCAUAAAAUAUGCUAUAGAGAAUGACUGUUCCGUGAUGGAAACGGCGUUUCUUCGUUGCACGGCAGGGGCAGGCAUUACAAAGGAAGUAUCAGAGCAUAAAGCUCAGGAGUUGAUUGCAGAGGAAGUUGAAAAGCUGAGGAUAAAACCCAAAUUCUAUGAUGGGUAUAUCAGAAAGAAGAUAGACAUUGCCAAAGCUAUAGGAAUGAUUACUGAGGAUAGUUCCAGAGAUACUUUGAAGGAUGAUUAUAAGCUGAACGAGUGUCCGUCGCUGCAAGAUGGCAUAAAAUAUGCCAUAGAGGAGGACUGCUCCGUGAGGGAAAGGAUGUUUAAUUAUUCGAUGCAUGGAGGGGACAGGUCUUCCCAAGGAAGUACCAGAGAUUGCUGAGGCAGUUAAAAAGCUGGAAUGAAAAGACCAUGGUUGGAGCUGCCAUUUGCUCAAGACGUCUUUUUCUUGGGUUUCCUGUACUUUUGCUGCUGCAAUGAAGAAUAUACUAGACCAGACUUAAAGACCAACUACUAGCGGGCUA